CGAUGCCGCACAGCCCCACGCGGUGCAGCGUCGAGACCUCGGCCACGUGCACCACGGCCAGUCGUCGGCCGCCGGGCGUCAGCACGCCGUGGUGGUCGCGGCGCCACGCCUCCCACUCGGCCUGCACGCCCGGCGACAUGGCGUGCGCGCACACGGCCAGCACGCAGCCUGCGCCGAUGCCGCCGCCGCCGGUCGCGCGCACGGCGCCGAUGUCGACGGCGCCCAGGCCCUCGUUGCCCACCAGCAGCGGGUCGUCCUCGGCGCGCCGCGCGACCGGCCGGCGGCGGAACAGCCGCCGUGGCGCGGGCUCUGCCAUUGCCGCCGAUGCCGCCGGCGAGCCGACCAGCCAGCCCAGCACGCCCCACAGCCCCAGGCUGCCCGAGCGGCCGCGCGCCGGCUCAAAGUGCAGCAGGUCGCCGACGGUCCCGUCGGUGCGCGCGCCGUGCAGCUUGCGGCGCAGCGCGUCUGACAUGUGCUCGAUGGCUGCCGAUGCCAGCGUUGCCGGCGGGAUGCGCUCGCCCACGGCCGUGUCGUCGCCACCGGCUGCGCCCUGGUGGAGGUGGUUGUGGUGAUGGAGCUGGAGCUGGUUUGGUGCUGGGCUGGGUUGGACUGGAGCUGGUUUUGGUGCUGGUGGUGCUGGAGGUGCUGGUAUUGCUGCUGGUAUGCUGCUGGUCCUGCUGCUGGUAGUGCUGCUGGUAUUGCUGCUUGUGCUGCUGCUGCUGCUGCUGGUCCUGCUGCUGCGGCAGCCCUACGACCAUGUGCGCAAACGGCCGUAGCGGGCAG